GGAACCGUGGCGAGCUCAGGGUGGAGCGGGUGUCUUUUAGCAGCAACGGGGCGGAUAAGGAAGUUCUACUGGCGAGUGGAGAACAACACAUUCUUCAGUCUGGCAAAGCGUUUAUCCAGUUUCAACAUGCCUGCUCAGAAAGUCUGCAUCGUUGGAUCUGGAAACUGGGGAUCCUCCAUCGCCAAGAUCAUCGGCCACAAUGUGAAGGCGUCCAACCGCUUCAACCCCAUGGUGAACAUGUGGGUCUACGAGGAGAUGGUCGACGGCAGAAAGCUCACCGAGAUCAUCAACACCGAGCAUGAAAACGUCAAAUACCUGCCGGGACACAAGCUGCCCAAGAACGUGGUGGCUGUUCCUAACGUCACCGAAGCCAUGAAGGGAGCCAGUAUCCUGGUCUUCGUCAUCCCUCACCAGUUCAUCAAUAGACUCUGCGACGAGAUGAAGCCUCACAUGACGGAGGGAGCCAUCGGGAUUUCCCUCAUCAAGGGAAUCGACGAGGGUCCGGAUGGCCUGAAGCUCAUCUCCGACAUCAUCAGGGAGAAGCUGCAGAUCGACGUCAGCGUGCUGAUGGGGGCCAACAUCGCCAACGAGGUGGCCGACGAAAAGUUCUGCGAAACCACCAUUGGGGCAAAGAACGCGGCGCAGGGCCAGCUGCUCAAGGAGCUGCUGCAGACGCCCAACUUCCGCAUCACCGUGGUUCCUGAGAGCGACACGGUGGAGCUGUGUGGCGCCUUAAAGAACAUCGUGGCGGUGGGCGCCGGCUUCUGCGACGGCCUCGGGUUCGGCGACAACACCAAGGCGGCGGUGAUCCGGCUGGGCCUGAUGGAGAUGGUGGCGUUUGCCAAGAUGUUCUGCAAGGGCAGCGUGAGCUCUGGCACCUUCCUGGAGAGCUGCGGCGUGGCCGACCUCAUCACCACUUGCUACGGCGGGCGGAACCGCCGCGUCGCCGAGGCCUUCGUCAAAACCUCCAAAUCCAUCGCUGAGCUGGAGGCCGAGAUGCUGAACGGCCAGAAGCUGCAGGGUCCACAGACCUCAGCCGAGGUCUACAAGAUCCUUCAAAAUCGAGGCAUAGUCAAGAAGUUUCCUUUGUUUGUUGCCGUCUACCAGAUUUGCUAUGAAGGGAAGGAGGUGAAGGAGUUCAUCACCUGUCUGCAGAACCACCCUGAGCACAUGUAGCCUCCAACUGGCUGCAACCUCAACCUCCCACCACUAGAGGGUGGCAGAGAUCCACAAGAUAAGCGCACAACAUAGUAGACAACCUGGCACGUGAAAACUGUUUAACCUUGGCUUGCAGUGUGUGUUUGUGUUGUUUUUUUUAUUUUUCUAAUUGUUAUUUUUACUAUUACACUUUGUGGGAAACAAUCAUUAAUACAAACUUUUCUUUUCAUGUUUUAAUGGGUCCAAUUCACCAUUUAUACGCGAGAGCGCCCGAAGUGUCUUCACUUUUUUACUUUUAUAUAUCACUACACCAUGUACAUCCCUGAUCUCAGAAAACCAACAACGGGUGUUAUUUUUUUAUCUUCAUGUGAAGUGUUUGACUUAUUAAAAUUGGUUUCCGUGAA